GGCCCAGCCCCCUGUGCUCUGACUUGUCCGCACUGUGACAGGGGAAGGCUGGGCUGUCCCGAGCAUUAUCUAAACACUCAGACACACACACACUCACACACACUCACACACGAACACAGUAACUGCCUACGCCAGAGCGCUCUCAGCUCAAGCCCUCUUAAAGCGUUUUUUCUGCCGGUAAUCAGUGAGAGCUAACGACACACAGUGCCUCCGCUGGGAGUGUUUUUCUGCUGUAGUUCGGGACACUUUUUUUGUGCGAGGGGGGAGGAAUACGAAGAGGAAAAGGAGAGGAAUUGGAUGUUCACAUGACAUAAUCGUGAAUGGGUUGCCAUGGUGACUCACCCAGGGAGCCUGACCCGUGCAGAGUGAAUGGAGGGAGCGCCUUAGACGCCAAGUGAACGAUAAACUAACAGAGGGGAGUCACCAGGGAGAGAGAGACACGGAGAGAGAGAGAGAGAGAGAGAGAGAGGGGAGAGAAGGAGCCAAGGAGUGGUGGAUAACAGUCUGAGCACAGAGGAGCGGAGCAGAGGCUGAGAAUGGAGGACGGGUUUUCCAGCUACAGCAGCUUGUAUGACACCUCAUCACUGCUGCAGUUCUGCAACGAUGACAGUGCGUCAGCCGCCAGCAGCAUGGAGGUGACGGAUCGCAUCGCCUCCCUGGAGCAGAGAGUCCAGAUGCAGGAGGACGAGAUUCAGCUGCUGAAGUCCGCUCUGGCCGACGUGGUUCGCAGGCUCAACCAGUCUGAGGAGCAGCAUGCCAUGGGGUCACGCAGAGGACCCACCAAAGACCCUGCUAUGAUGAGAAAGUCUCCCUCAGCAGACCGCAAUGUUGGGAAGCCAGCCAGGCCAAUGAUUGCUACGCUGCCUUUACGGCCCACAGUAAACAAUGGGACCGUCCUACCAAAGAAAGGCGGUGGCACUCUGCCCUCCCCGUCAGGAUCUGGAUCCAGAAAGGACACCAGCACCCCUGCAAGCAGAAGUCUGUCCAGUCUGUCCAGUCUGUCUUCUCUGUCUCGAUCCGCCAGAAUUCUCUAUCUGCCUCUCAGCACUGUGAGGAGGGCAAACUCAAAUGAACAUAUGGGAACUCUGACGCGGAAAGAUUUGGGCGACUCCAAGGGCAACCGAACUCGCGCCGGAUCCACAGGCAGCAAUUCCAGCGGCAAAAGAAGUGACAGCAAACAGAGGGAUCCAGUGUUUAAUGCAGGGAUGCGACGUGUGACCCACUGCAAAGAGGAAGGUUAUGUGAAAAUGUUUUUGAAGGGUCGCCCCGUCACCAUGCACAUGCCCAAAGACCAAGUGGACAGCUACUGCCUGGAGGCCAGAGCGGAGCUGCCCAGCAACAAACUCAAGCUGGACUGGGUCUACGGUUACCGCGGUCGAGACUGUCGCUCCAACCUUUACUUGCUGCCCACUGGAGAAACGGUGUAUUUCAUCGCUUCAGUGGUCGUCCUGUUCAACGUGGACGAGCGGCUGCAGAGACACUACACUGGACACACAGAUGACAUCAAAUGCCUGGCCGUCCACCCCGACAAGAUCACCAUAGCAACUGGGCAGGUGGCGGGAACCUCUUCAGACGGAAAACAUCUUGCUCCUCAUGUUCGUGUGUGGGACUCUGUAAGCCUCAACACCCUCCACGUCCUGGGUGCAGGCUUCUUUGACCGAGCCUUGGUCUGCUUGUCUUUCUCUAAGUCGAAUGGAGGAAACACACUUUGUGUUGUGGAUGACUCCAACGAUCACAUGCUUUCGGUUUGGGACUGGCAGAGAGAGGACAGACUCGCCGAGGUCAAGUGCUCCAACGAGUCCGUGUUUGCUGCAAACUUUCACCCGACUGACAGCAACAUCGUAGUCACUUGUGGAAAAUCACAUCUCUGUUUCUGGAACCUGGAGAAAGGCAUGCUGGUCAAAAAGCAAGGACUGUUUGAGAAACAGGAGAAGCCCAAGUUUGUGCUGUGCGUGACCUUUGCAGAAAAUGGAGACGCUAUAACCGGAGACUCAAGUGGGAACAUCCUGGUGUGGGGAAAAGGCACUAAUCGUAUUAGCCACGUCAUCCAAGGAGCUCAUGAGGGCAGCAUCUUUUCUCUGUGCAUGCUGAGGAACGGCACGCUGGUGUCUGGAGGCAAAGACCGCAGGCUCACUUCUUGGGACAGCAGCUAUCAACAGAUACAAACGGUGGAGGUUCCUGAGUUGUUUGGUCCCAUCAGGACUAUAGCGGAGGGCAGAGGGGAGACUGUGCUCAUCGGAACCACCAAGAACUUUGUUUUGCAAGGCAGUUUGGAUGGAGAAUUCAUGCCAAUAACACAGGGUCACAUUGAUGAGUUGUGGGGUCUGGCAGUUCACCCCUGGAAGCCUCAGUUCCUCACCUGUGGAUAUGACAGGCAGGUCAGCCUGUGGGACUCGAGUACCCAUCAGCUCAUCUGGACCAAGAGUAUGGAGGAUGCUGCCCAAUCAGCAGGCUUCCACCCGACCGGAGCUGUGGUUGCCAUAGGAACCCAAAUGGGCAGAUGGCUGGUGCUGGACACUGACUCUAAGGAUUUAGUCGCUGUGCACACUGACGGGAACGAACAGCUGUCUGUUAUACAAUACGGGCCAGAUGGAAACUUCCUGGCCAUCGGUUCCCACGACAACUACAUCUAUAUCUACGCCGUGGCAGAAAAUGGGAGAAAGUACAGUCGAGUGGGGAAGUGCUCGGGUCACUCUAGUUUCAUCACCCAUCUUGACUGGUCGGUGGACUCCCAGUAUCUGGUAUCCAAUUCCGGAGAUUAUGAGAUACUGUACUGGAUUCCAUCAGUAUGCAAACAGGUGGUCAGUGUGGAGACCACCAGAGACAUCGAGUGGGCCACUUACACCUGCACUCUGGGCUUCCACGUCUUCGGCUUGUGGCCCGACGGCUCCGAUGGCACCGACGUCAACGCGGUCUGCAGGUCCAGUGAUAAGAGCCUCCUGGUUACUGGAGACGACUUUGGGAAGGUCCACCUCUUCUCAUACCCCUGUUCACAGUUCAGGGCUCCCAGCCAUGUUUACGGUGGCCACAGCAGUCACGUGACCAACGUGACCUUCCUGUACGACGACAGCUACCUGGUGUCGACUGGAGGGAAGGAUAUGAGCGUGAUGCAGUGGAGGAUAGUCUGAGCGCACAGACACAAACGGAUAUUGUCAUUUUACCUGCUGCUGGGGCCUGAAGCCCGGCCGAAGCAAACUUUACUGAACUGCACUUAACUGAACAAAACCAAACGUAAAUUAACUCAGAUGCUAAAAAAAAGUGGAUCUGACUGAAGUGAGGUGAGGUGGCAGAGGAAGAUCUUGCGUCCCGAGGUCCCCCCCCAGAUCUGCUCUCACAUCCCAAAUGAGAUGAACUGGCGGGGUUUGAUGUGAGGUUGCUUGAGAUACAAAAAAAUCCUGAAUAUUUCUCCUUUUUCAUUAUUAACACUACAUGUUUAAAUAAAAUCACGCACUGUAGCCUAGUCACCGAUGACAUGACACGAAGCAAAUCAAACGGAUCAAAUCCAGGUCAACAGAAACCAAAGUCCGUGACUUCCUGACUGCAUUUGUACGACUGGGCUCUCACUCUUCUUCUCUCGUGCACACUCCUGCUACAGAUAAUGGACUUAUGAAUUCUGGACUGAAUAUCAUCGAGCUGAAGAUCCGAGAGCAUUGGGACAAAAACUGUAUGGAAAGAAAGACCAUAGUGAUUUUCUAAUUAUUAAACUUUAUUUUAUUUUGUAUUUAACAACUCAGGAAAGUGCUAGUGAAUCAGGACCCCUCCCUGAUAUUAACACAUAUCAGAACAAAAGGUAUCAACCAUGGUAAAUAUCUGAUUUGACUGCUGUUCAACCAUUUGUAGAUUUAUUCGCAUUGACUUAGUGUGUAUUAAAACCAUCUAUACUGUCAGGGCUGAUGCUGCAUUUGGUGGCUAUAAUACAUACCUGUUAGGAGAAUGAUAUGAAUGAACAGGAGACAACCCACAUGAUUUUCUUUCCCCAGUCAUUCAAGAUAUUAACCAAUAUUUGGAGAGAUUUAGGGUGACAAAAAAUUAAACUCUCUGGACUCAAAUUAAGAUUUUAACAGAUUUUAACAAAUUUGUCUGAAGAUUUUCCAAAGGUUUGUGCUUCCUGGUCUUCAAAAAAAGACACUUUUCCCAAAUAUUUAUUUAUCAUGUUGCAAAUCCAUCAUUGCAAAUAUCAGUUCCUUCCGAGUUUUUUUUCUUUUCCCAAAACCCUGGUUAAUCCCAAAUGUGUAAAUAUGCAGAAAGGCCUCAAACAGAUAUGAGCAACAUGUGGGUGAAUAUACAGCAUUUGAAACUGUUUGGAAUUUUGGAAGGAGAUGUUGUAUGUUUCCUUUUUUGCCGUGAGGCGUAUGUUGAUAAUCAAGAUCAAGCAUGUGUUAGGUUUUUCAAUGAUGUGAAGCCUUUUUAAAUCUGUGUCGCUCUACCCACAUCAGUUUGUGAAGAUGAGACCAUUACACUGUAACUGCUAAUGUCUGAUAUGCUUCUCAGGUAUGCACCAUCAGUCACUGGUAUUUCAUUUUACUGAACCCUCUUGAAGUCUUUUUCUAUAUUUCACUGCUUCUGCCUGAUAAACAUACAAAUAACUUCUGUAACCAUUUUUUAGCACUUUCUGGAGUUUUUCAUAUAUCAGUUUGCUCUCAACCUUCAGAGCUGUGUGCCAUCCGGUCUGAUCUAUGGUACGGUACGUAGCAUGUCCCAGUCCUCAUCUUAUGGUUAAUAACAAUUCAAAAUUACUCACAUGCUGAAUGAAUUAUGUUACUGGGGGUCAAGCAGAUUUUGGUGUGACAAUAAUUGCCACUGAUGUGAGGUUUUGAAAUCCAGUUUUUGAACGUGUCUUAUCAGGAAAACCACUGAAAUCUUAACUGCAGUGAUAUACGUCACCACUCUACAGAGGAAAUGUAACAUGAUUUGUCUUCACCACUAAACGCUGCAUAAAACCAUUGGACUCUUCACAUUUGUCUGAAAGUAAAUGCAACAUGAAAUUCCUAUAGAUGCAGUGUCUUAUACUUCCCACUUUAUGACAUUAUUUGAUUUUUUUAUUUGAUUUUCUGUCAUCUUUAAUUUAAAGGCGGUUCCAGGUGGUAUAAUUGUUCGGUCACUGUCAUAAAGUCGCUGCAGUAGCAAGACACCAGUAAGGACCAUAGACUGUGAAUAAAAAAUGGACAUAG